GCCUAUAACCAUCGACGGCGACUCGGUACAUCGAUCGCUGGUGUAGAUGUCGGCUCUAUCCACUUACGCGAUGCGAGCCGUCGUCUCGAGACUCUCAACUCUAUCAUGUCACCUCUCUCAGAGACAAACAGAAAAUAAGAUUUUUCAGAUGUUUAGUAUUCCGAAGCGGUCCAUCUCAUCAUCUCUACCACCUCACCUCUAUCGGAGACAAACAGAUUGCUCUUAUCGCCGUUAUGACCCGUUUUUCAAUAUUACACCUCCUGGCUCUGAGCAGGCGAAAUUAAGGGAUCGGUCAGUGCGGAUGUUUGGUGCGAGGUUCACAAUGAUAAUGGAAGAACUCAAUUGGGAACGCGCUGCUGCUAUAUCACUUUGGGAUCAUCAAUAUCGUGUGGAUCAUGCAUUUGUUCUUUCAGUUCUUGAGUUUGACUUUGGGAUACAGGCCAAGAUUCGUUUUUUCAAUUGGGCUGCUCAUUUAAACAGAAGACAAUUUCGACAUGAUUCUGCCACUUACAUGGCCUUGAUACGUUCCCUUGAAGACGCUAGGCUUGAUCGGGGAAUAUAUGCAACCAUACAAGCGCUGCUCAGUGACGAAUUCGUUGCAUUUAGCCCAGCUCACCUCUCUGAGCUUGUGGAAAUAUUGGGGCGAGCUAAGAUGGUGAGCCAAGCUUUGUCGGUUUUUUAUCUGGCGAAAGGCCGCUACUGCGAACCCACUUUGAGCACUUACUACUCGAUAUUUGUGAUGCUGAUGCAACAAGGAUGGCACAAGAAAGCUCGCGAGGUUUAUACCGAGAUGAAUGAACUCAAGUAAAACAGAUUGAUUUGCGUAACUAGAUCGAUUAUUUAUUUUCCUCUUGGAUAUAGAUAUGUGACUAUAUUAUGUCAAGAGCUUGAGCGAUGUAGAGAUGAAUAUGUAGGACCAAAUGAAUUGACUUGGCGUUGAAAUAUGUUCAUAAUUUACGCAGCAAAAUUAUGUACAAUUUUUUUUUUUUAGUGGAGUUGCUCUGUUUUUUUGGCCU